AAAGUACAUACAAUCAGUGAUUGCGUUAUACAUUGAAUGCAAUGACGAAUACAUUACUACUGUAACCGCUAUUUGAAUGAAUGUAUCGUAUGAUUGAAUCAUUCAUUUAAAUGAUGUAUUGAUUAAUAUUAACUGAUUGUCAAACUUGUGAAGUCUAUAACCAUUGUUGUGAUCAUUGAUUUGGUGCUUAAGAAGUAAUCACCAAUUAAUUGACUACAGCACAGACAUGAGUCGAUUGUUGGUCUUAUUGUCCGACAAAUCGGUUAAAUCGUCUCAAUUGGGAUGUCUUUUGAUGACAUCGACCACAAAAAGACAUGUUUUUCAUAACAAAUAUUUUUCAACAAAUCAUUUGUUUUACAAGAAAUCGGACAACAAUUUGUGUAAACAAUGUUUUAAUAGAUAUUUGCGGACUAAUAGACAAUUUGUUAAAUUAAAUAAUAGCCAUAUAUUUAAUAGAAAUAAUAAUAAUAUAAUAUUAGAUGAAUGGUUAAGAUGUACGCCAAGUGUGACCACUAAUAGUGUCCGAUAUUUUCAAACCAAUCGAGUUCUCUAUGAGAAGGACUCAUCAAAAGUGGAACAAACAGUUAAAGCUCUUCGUGAAGAACAAAAGGAAUUGAAGGACAAGACAUCAGAGGCAUUGAUUGAAGGCACCGGUCAAGUGGUGACAGAAGUAGUGGCUGUUCCACCCAAAAGAAGUUUAGGCAAAAGAGUUUGGGAUGAAUUGGUUCACUAUUAUCAUGGAUUUAGAUUAUUAUUCAUCGACAUUGGCGUUGGUAGACGACUCCUAUGGAAGGUAAUGAAUGGUGAAGACCUGACUCGUCGAGAACAUCGACAACUCGUGAGGACGACAUCUGAUAUCUUUCGUUUGGUGCCGUUUUCUGUGUUCGUAAUCGUGCCGUUUAUGGAGCUAUUGUUACCCGUAUUUAUCAAAUUAUUCCCGAAUAUGCUUCCGUCAACAUUUCAAUCGGCAGAAACUGAAGAAACAAAAAUGAAGAAAGAGUUGAAAUUGAAGUUAGAAAUGGCAAAGUUCUUGCAAAACACUUUGGAUGAAAUGACUCUUCAAGCAAAAGGAGAAACACAUUCAGCAAAAGCUAAAGACUUCGCACUGUUCUUCAAUAAGGUCCGAAAUACUGGAGAACAGGCCAGUAAUGAAGAUAUAAUAAAAUUUUCAAAACUUUUUGAAGAUGAGAUAACUUUAGAUUCUUUAUCGAGACUACAACUAUCUGCUCUUUGCCGGCUCUUAGAGCUGCAACCCAUCGGAACAAACAAUUUCUUGAGAUUUCAGUUGCGAAUGAAAUUGAGAAGCCUUAACGCGGACGACCAGAUGAUUAAUAAAGAAGGUGUCGAUAGUCUAACUGUUCCCGAGUUGAUCCAAGCCUGUCGAGCCAGAGGUAUGCGUGCUUUGGGUAUACCUGAAGUGAGACUUCGGUCACAACUAUCCCAAUGGCUUGAAUUGAGUCUCAACGAGAAGAUUCCGCCCUCACUUUUAUUACUUUCUAGAGUUCUGUAUUUACCCGAAAAUAUUGCGCCCGCAGACCAACUCAAGGCUACUAUUCAAUCGUUGCCAGACUCGGCCGCAACAGAAGCCCGAUAUAAGAUCGGAGAAACAGAAGGAAAGAUCGACAAUAAGACGAAAAUUGAAUUAAUACGAAAGGAAGAAGAGGCCAUCAAAAAGGAAAAAGAAGAAGAGGAACAAUUGAAACAACAGAAAUUGAGGGAACAGGAGAUUCUUAUUGAUAAAGCUAUCAAUUUAGAGUCACAACUCAAAGAAAAACUCAAAGACGAAGAAUUGUCUAAAGAAGACAUCAAUUCUAUAGAGAAUGCGCUCGAAAAUGUUGCGAAAGAAAAGGAUAAACUUCUUAUUGAAAAAGAAGAAUUAGAAGACUUGAAAGAAGAGCUCAAAGAUUAUAAAGAAGAUAUCGAAGAAUUUAAAGAAAUAUCUGAUCAAACGGGACAAAAAACUCUUAAAGAGACUAAAGCGGCACAACGUUUACGAAAUAAAGUAAAUAAUAUGGUUAACAAAAUGGAUGUUUUGUUUGACGGAUUGGAAUCCAAGAAACAGUCUUUGGAACAGAAAAUUAAUAUUUUAUCGAAAGAAGGAAAGACUAUUCAACAGGAAAGGGAUGAUGUCGUCGGUAUUAACGAACUGUUGGGUUCUAUCAGACGCUUACAGAAAGUCGGUGACGACGCGAAACUUCAACGAAUUCUUGAAGUAUUGGAUAAUAUGGAUGUCGAUCACGACGGAAGUGUUGAAGUCGAACAUGUCGUUAAAGUAUUGGAACUGUUGGGUCGCGAAAAUGUUAACGUUUCGUCAAAUCAAGUAAAAGACAUAAUAAAUCUAUUGAUUCAAGAAGAGAAACUCGAAGAGGAAAAGAAAAGAAAAUUAAAAGAAGAGAAGGAAGUGAAUGGCAAACAAAUGAAUAAUAAUAAACAGGAAAACAGUAAAGAAUUGAAAUAAUAGACAAUCAAUUAAUAUUAGGAUUUAUAUACACAGUAUAUAUAUAUUUAUAAAUAUAUAUAUAAAGAUUUUAAUUAAUUAAAUUAUUACUUUCUUAGAACAUAAUAUAUUUAAAUUGUUUCAAUUUUAA